GACCUUCCUGUCAUUCCUUGCGCUUUGCGACAACUUUUGCUCCAAUUCUUUUUGCCUCGGCGACUGCUUUGCGACCGACCGACCCCAGACGAGACGACGUCAUGGGGAACUGCUCUUCCUGCCUCGGCAGCCGCCGUCGCGAUGUAUACGAUGACGAGGAAGACGAAGCCCGGCACCUCUUCGACGACCCGAACAACCUACACUAUGGCAGCUUCGACCAACAACACAUGAUGGGUCAGGAGGAUCCACAGGAAGUCCAGAGAGAGAUUGAGGCUCUGCAGAGGGUGGUGGCGCGCACAUCCGAUGCCAUGGUCGACAUCUACGAGAUCGUGCCCCAAGACAAGACCACCCAGCCCGCCCCAGGCCCCUACGUUUAUGUCGGCCAGGACGCCACCACUGUGCGGUACCAAACACUCCUCUCCAAGCUAUCUUCCCAUGACGACCUUCCUUCCGUGGCCCGCGUUGAUUGGGGCUCCCCGGACGACGACACCAUCGAGAUGCAACAAGGGGAUGUGCCCAUCAAGGUGGAGGGCGGCGACAGCCUCGUCGGCAACUUUGCCGAUGCCGCUGCCGCCAUGCUCUGAUGCGCUCCCGCCCGGUCAGGAUGCGGCGCUCGCUAUCAGCUGAUAGACUAGUGGGCGGGCUCGCGCACAGCUCGGCGUAGGGGGGCCUGCUGACCUAUGCCACCUGAUGCCAGUACAUUCCUUCGAAAUUCUUGCAUUCGCCCUACCCACUGCCG